AAAAAUAGGAAAAUUCAAGUUUAAGCUAAAGCAGAACUAAUAUGAUCAAACUAAUGAAAUUAUUACAAAUAUAAUGGUUAGAAUAAACAUAGUUGAAGAUUGCAGGGACAGCAGAAAUUUAAUCUACGGGUUAGGAGAAAGCGAUUUCGGUUUUUUAUUUGUUGUGGCAGAUUAUUGUGAAAACAUUUACUAUGCAUCUUUCAGUUCUGAUGGAAACAUAAAAUCAGAAAUUUUGAACAUAAAAACCUAUUGGCCAGCAGCAAAUUUUUCUGAGGAUAAUGUUAAAAUUGAUAGAAUGAUAAAGAAUAUUUUUGACAAACACAAUUCCCAUGAGUUAAAUUUGAAGCUCACUGGAACUGAAUUUCAAGUAUCCGUUUGGAAGGCUUUAAUCAAUAUUGGGGAAGGUUCUACAGUAUGUUAUGAAGAUGUUGCUAAGGCUAUAGGCAAACCAAAAGCUGUUAGAGCCGUGGCAUCAGCCGUGAAAAACAAUAAGCUUGCUUAUCUUAUUCCUUGUCAUAGGGUUCUCAGUAAAAAUGGUGGGCUCAAUGAGUAUAAGUGGGGAGUUCAUAGAAAGUUAAAGUUGUUAACGUAUGAGAAAAAAUAACCUUUUGUAUCUACAUAUUUGUAUAUUAUAUAUAUUACGAUAUUGAAAACACAUGUUUUUUGAAGAAGA